GGAUUACUGGGGUUGCCUGCAAGGAAUCACACCGCGGGAGGAGGAGAGACUAUAGCUGGAGACUGAUGGACAGACCCCUUGAAGUGCUGAGACACCAUGCCCCGUGUUGUGACGGCGGCGCUGUCGCCUUGGUAACCGGAGCCGGAGGGGUGAUGCGUCCUUGGUGACGGUCGGGCAGGAAGCGCGUCAUUGUGGGGGGCCCUCCCACCGGUGGCCGGGCGGGAGCAGCGGGCAUCUGCACGCAGGACUGCAUGCAUCUUAUAAAGGAAUUUAUCUAAUCUAUUUUUAAACGUAUUGAUCGAGUCCACCAUAACUACCUUCUCUGGCAGAGAAUUACAAAUCCGUACUGCUCUUACUGUGAAGAAUCCUUUUCUCCCAGGUCUUUGACUACAUGUAAGCUAUCCAUGUGACACAUGGCGAAUGCUGAGGUAACCGUCCCUAUGGGGGACGUUGUGGUGAUCCCUAGUGACUGCACAGAAGGGGAGGAUCCUGAGGACACCAAGACGCAGGUUAUCCUGCAGUUGCAGCCUAUUCCUCACGAUAUUAAUGGUCGUAUCCUACUGCUGCCCUAUUCAUGCAGGAUGUAUGAGGAGAUGUCUGACACCAAUGCUGCUGUUGUGUCUCUGGAAACUCACACUCUGAAAAUGGGAGACACUCUAGAUGGUGGCACAGUGGAACUGAGUGAGGACAUUGACAUUGCAUAUCCCAUUACCUGUGGGGACAGUAAGGCUGUUUUACUAUGGAAGAAAUUUGUGUGUCCUGGAAUCAACGUCAAAUGUGUCAAGUUUAAUGACCAAAUGAUUAGCCCCAAGCACUUUGUACAUCUGGCUGGAAAAUCAACUUUAAAGGAUUGGAAACGAGCUAUUCGUCUGGAAGGUGUCAUGCUGAGGAAAAUGAUGGAUUCUGGGCAAAUUGAUUUUUACCAGCAUGACAAACUCUGCACAAACACUUGCCGGAGCACUAAGUUUGACCUUCUGAUCAGCAGUGCGCGUGCACCUUUUCCAGGACAGAGCAGCGUAGUGCAGACUCCCACCACAGGAGAAGGCAGCCUCUCUUCUGUGAGCAUGCCAGAAGAAACUGUGGAGGAUGGCUCAAUUGAGUGGGGUCCUGGACUUACUGCCACAGUGCAUAUGAAUAGAGAAGACCGAAAUAAAAAAGAGGCAGAAGAAAUAUCUGAGGAGACUCUGCUGUUUCUGAAAGGAAUCUCAGAUGUGGGACUUAUGGAUGAAGUAAUAAGCAAGGUUCAGAAUGAAAUUGAGGAUCUUUUGGGCGGUGUCCAACAACGAAUGGACCAGACGCCCUUCCAAGUGACAGAUGCCACUGUGCUUGGCAACAUUGCUAAUACAUUUGGCCUGCUGGAUGUAGUGAAAAAAGUACUUGAACAAAAGAAAGAUCAGACAGACCAGAGUGAAGAACAGUAUCACUCUACACUGGCAGAUCUCGAACGACAGUUGGAAGAGCAAAAAAAGCAGGAAGGCAGCCACUCUCCUCUCCUUCAGAAUGUGGUCUUGAUGCCUGUGAAUACCCCUAAGCCACCAAAGAGGCCUCGACUUCAACGUCCAGCUUCUACUGGCACUUUGAGCACUCCUUCGUCACAGCCACAGUAUACGGUGCUGUCUCCUCUCACUCUGGCUCCACUUGGACAGCAGUUCUCUAUAGGUGGCUUGCGUUACACCACCGUUCUAGGCAAGACUGAGGGAGGGGAUGCCCUUACUGUAUUAACAGAAAUGCACGAGUCUGGGUCCCUGAGUGGUGUUAUGAGCCCUGUAGAGCUGGUUGCAAUGGAUUCAGGACUUGGUCAGGAUGGACUUGGUGAAGAGGGCCAAACUAUCAUUCAGAUAGACCCAGCGCCAGACCCUGAGGGAGGAUCCAAGGUGAUGGAGCUGGGUGAUGGGAAGGUCCUAGGUGUUGGCCACCAUGACGGAAUGCAUAAUGUGGAAAUUGUGGUGUUGGAAGACGACUAACCGCUGUAGCAGGCAGAUCAGUGACUAGAGUUAAUGUUUAAGUAACAUUAAUUUAUUAUAUCAGGCCAGGUUAUAUUCUAUUUUUAUUUCAAGGGCUGUUUUUUUUUUCAAGUAGAGUAAACUAAUGACAAUUAUUUUAGAAAAAGGAGAUGGAGCCUUCAUCUGCUGGGAAAUGGCUUGACCCCUAGCCGUAGAAGUAGAAAUGCAGCCUUUGUGUUUUCUGUACAUAGUGUGUAAAAAGACUAAAGCAAAUGUUGCAAAUUACUUUUUUAUUAAAAUUACAUAUGUAUUA